AGAGAGGCUGGAGAAGCAGACUGUUGCCCGAGGUCACCAGCUUUGGUCUCCUGUCUCUUUGGCUCCAAAACCUACACUCAGUCCUAGGAGCGGUUCGCCGCAAUCGCUCAGAGAAAACGUGACAAAAACUAGUCCGUCAAACUCUAGCCUAGGAGAGGGGCUUCGGUGCGCAGGGGAAUUUGCAGACGCUCCCUGCUGGCGGAGACGGCCCGACCUGUCCUUCAGCGCGGGACUUUCGGCGGGUCCCAGCCGGGCCGACCCAAGUGCCCGCGGCCGAGACGGCAGUGAAGCCAGUAACGGCUGCAGUGGCCGUGGCCGUGGCCGUGGCGGGAGAGUCAUGUCAGAGCCGCAGCCGCGGGGCGCCGAGCUCGAUCUCUACCGGGACACGUGGGUGCGAUACCUGGGCUAUGCCAAUGAGGUGGGCGAGGCGUUCCGCUCCCUUGUGCCAGCGGCAGUGGUGUGGCUGAGCUACGGCGUGGCCAGCUCCUACGUGCUGGCGGAUGCCAUUGACAAAGGCAAGAAGGCUGGAGAGGUGCCAGGCCCUGAAGCAGGCCGCAGCGCCAGAGUGACAGUGGCUGUGGUGGACACCUUUGUAUGGCAGGCUUUGGCCUCUGUGGCCAUUCCGGGCUUCACCAUCAACCGCGUGUGUGCCGCCUCUCUCUAUGUCCUGGGCACUGCCACCCGCUGGCCCCUGGCUGUCCGCAAGUGGACCACCACCGCGCUUGGGCUGUUGACCAUCCCCGUCAUUAUCCACCCCAUUGACAGGUCGGUGGACUUCCUCCUGGACUCCAGCCUGCGAAAGCUCUACCCAUCAGUGGGAAAGCCCAGCUCCUCCUGACCACACGCUGGUACCUGGCCUGUGCAUCGGCCUCCUCCUGCUUCAUGUCAACCUCCCACUCCUGCCAGGGGAUGUGGAUGCCUGACUCCCUGGGGUCCAGAGACCCUGGCAUCUGAGUGGUUUUGAGCCGGAUGGAAGCUUAGAGACAAAAGCUUCAAGAAGCAGUGGCUGCAGUGAGUCACAGCUAGGCAGGACCCGAACCCUGACUGCUUCCCUAGAAUCCAUGAUACUGAGUGGAAACGGCCCCUGGGUGGGCCCGGCCCUGUCUUUUGACAGGAAAGUUACAUCCUCCCAUGGAGGAUGAGAGACUGAGGCUCAGGGAGGGCAAAGUAUAGGCCCAAGAUUACUUGACAAGCUGGGCACCCAGGUGCUUGACGGAUCAGCCCCACGGUGGCACAGCUGGACAAGGAGUGGCAGACAACUCAGGGAGAAACUCAGGAAUGCAGCAGCAGGGACACCUCAGGACAGAUUCUCCGGCCAGGCCCUUCCCUGACCCAAUAAAUCCUGAAGAAGUU